UGAAUUCUUAUUUUAUUACUUUUAGUUGCUGAUGUAUGGUCAGGAUGAGUGGAUUAGGAGAAAACUCCUUGGAUAGCUUGACCAGUGAGUCAAGGAAGCGCAAGCCGCUGCCCUGUGAUACUCCAGGUGCAAGUCUGACCUGCAGUGGUGAGAAGCGUCGACGUGAGCAGGAAAGCAAAUACAUUGAAGAACUGGCUGAACUGAUAUCUGCUAAUCUGAGUGACAUUGACAAUUUCAAUGUCAAACCAGACAAAUGUGCUAUUUUAAAAGAAACUGUGAGACAGAUUCGACAGAUAAAGGAACAAGGAAAAGCAGUUUCCAAUGAUGAUGAUGUUCAGAAAGCUGAUGUGUCUUCCACAGGUCAAGGAGUUAUUGAUAAGGACUCCUUGGGACCUCUUUUACUACAGGCAUUGGACGGUUUCCUGUUCGUUGUCAAUCGAGAUGGGAACAUAGUAUUUGUGUCAGAAAAUGUCACACAGUAUUUGCAAUAUAAACAGGAAGAUUUGGUUAAUACAAGUGUCUAUGGUAUCUUGCAUGAAGAGGACCGGAAGGACUUCCUUAAAAAUUUACCUAAAUCUUCAGUUAAUGGAGUUGCUUGGACCAAUGACACACCUAGACAGAAGAGUCAUACAUUUAAUUGUCGGAUGAUGGUGAAAACUUCCCAUGAUCUUUUGGAAGAUGUAGGCAGCCACCAGGAUACACGCCAGAGAUAUGAAACAAUGCAGUGCUUUGCUUUAUCUCAGCCAAGAGCUAUAAUGGAAGAGGGAGAAGAUUUACAGUCCUGUAUGAUUUGUGUGGCACGUCGUAUCGCAACAGCAGAAAGAGUAUUUUCAACAAAUCCAGAGAGCUUCAUUACCAGACAUGAUCUUUCAGGCAAACUUGUCAACAUCGACACAAACUCGUUGCGAUCUUCCAUGAGACCUGGCUUUGAGGAUACAAUUCGCCGGUGUAUUCAGAGGUUCUUAUGCCAUAAUGAUGGACAGUCAUGGUCAAACAAACGCCACUAUCAUGAAGCUUAUACACAAGGUCAUGCUGAAACACCGUUGUAUCGCUUUUCCCUAGCGGAUGGAACUAUAGUGACAGCACAAACAAAGAGUAAAGUGUUUAGAAAUCCAGUAACUAAUGACCGCCAUGGAUUUGUCUCUACCCACUUUCUUCAAAGAGAGCAGAAUGGAUAUCGACCGAAUCCUAAUGCAGUUGGGCAAAACAUCAGAACAACAGUGGCUGGGAAUACAAAUUCUGUUGGUCUUAUGAACAUGUCACCUGGUCAAGGCAUGCCAAUGCAGAACAGGAACUACGGCAUGGGAGAUCCCAAUACAGUGGGUCAGCUGAGUAGCUCUCGAUAUGGAGGCCCUGGUAAUAUGGGACCAGUGAACUCUGGACCAGGAAUGCAAUCCUCUGCUUAUCAGAGCAACAGUUAUGGGUUGAAUAUAAGUAGCCCACCACAUGGUAGUCCUGGUUUAACUUCCAACCAACAGAAUCUAAUGAUAUCUACUAGGAAUCGAGGGAGUCCAAAAAUGAAUUCACACCAAUUUUCUCCAGUUACAGGUAUGCACUCUCCAAUGGGAUCUGCCAGCAACACCAGCAACAGCACUUUCUCUAGCAGUUCUCUUAGUGCUCUUCAAGCCAUUAGUGAGGGGGUUGGAACUUCCCUUUUAUCAACACUUUCUUCACCAGGUCCAAAAUUGGAUAGUUCUCCAAAUGUGAGCAUAGCUCAGCAAAAUAAAGCAAAUAACCAGGACUCCAAAAGCCCUUCGGGCUUAUAUUGUGAACAAAAUCAAGUGGAAAGUUCCAUCUGCCAAUCAAACAGCAGGGAUGUCCUUAGUGAAAAAGAUAGUAAAGAGGGAAGUCUGGAUGCACCUGAAAGUCAGAGAGGACAGUCUGAAAGCAAAGGGCAUAAAAAGCUGCUUCAGCUACUCACAUGCUCUUCAGAUGAAAGAGGACAUUCUACAGCAUCAAACUCACCUUUGGACUCUAAUUGUAAAGAAUCUUCUACCAACGUUACCAGUCCUUCAGGAGUUUCCUCAUCGACAUCUGGAGGGGUGUCUUCCUCCUCAAAUGUGCAUGGGUCACUCCUGCAAGAGAAGCAUAGGAUUUUACAUAAAUUGUUGCAAAAUGGUAAUUCCCCUGCAGAGGUUGCCAAAAUAACAGCUGAAGCUACUGGUAAAGACACAUAUCAUGACACUAGUAAUACAGUCCCAUGUGGAGAAGGUACAGUCAAACAGGAACAACUGAGCCCAAAGAAGAAAGAAAACAAUGCUUUACUAAGAUACCUGUUAGAUAAAGACGACGUUAAGGAUCCACUUUCCAAAGAGUUAAAGCCAAAAGUGGAAAAUGUGGAUAAUAAAAUGGGACAAUGCAGUAGUUCUACUAUUCCUACUUCCAGUCAAGAAAAGGAGAUGAAAAUAAAAACAGAACCAACAGAAGAGAUGAGUGGAGACUUGGAUAAUUUGGAUGCAAUUUUAGGGGAUCUGACUAGUUCAGACUUUUAUAAUAAUGCUAUGUCUACAAGUGGAAAUAGCUUUGGAACAAAGCAAGCAUUAUUUCAAGGAAAUGCUCCCCUGACAGGUAUGAGGAGUCCCCAGUCGGUGCAGACUACCCGUCCGCCUUUCAACAGAGCCAUGUCUUUAGACAGCCCUGUAGGCUCAGGUGCUUCAGUGAGGAAUGUCAAUGCAUUCUCCAUGUUACAAAAGCAAAACUUGAUGGGUGGAAGUCCAAGGAUGGCUGAAAACCAGGAAAGCUUCGGAGCAAAUAUUGCAAGUACUCCCAACAGAAGUGUAUCUAUGAAUCAACAUCAAUCAGGAGACUGGGGUUUGCCAAACUCGAAGGUUAACAGAUUGGAACCUACAAGUUCUACUUCCAUGUUGAGACAAGGAGCUGAGUUCAGUGCAUCCCUUCCCAGACCCACAGCAGGUGGCUCCAUGCCUGGGCUGCCCAUCCGUUCUAACAGCAUCCCCGGGACAAGACCAAUGUUACAACAGCAAAUGAUGCAUAUGAGGUCAAAUGAGAUUAACAUUGGUAUGGGGGGGAAUCCUUACGGACAGCCAGGGCCAGCCAGCCAGCCAGGAUCGUGGCCUGACAACAUGCUGUCCAUGGAGCAAGCAUCACGGGGUUUACAAAACAGACAAUUAGUGAGAAACUCUUUGGAUGACCUCUUAAGUGCAGCACCAAGUGUGGAAGGCCAGAAUGAUGAAAGGGCUCUUUUGGAUCAACUGCACACAUUGCUGAGUAAUACAGAUGUCACAAGCCUGGAAGAAAUUGACAGAGCUCUAGGAAUUCCUGAUCUUGUAAACCAAGUAAGAAGGAAGAGAUCCUGGUCACUUUUCUCUGUUCCAAAAGCCUAUGUUAUUUUGGUUCUUGGAGGGAGGGAAAAAAAAGAAAAUAGUGAAGAGAGCCUCCUCAUUUACAUGUGUUGCUUCACUUUCUUGUGUCCAUUUUUCUGAAUCUUUGGAAACAUU